AUGCAUGCCAUGGGUUCACUAGCCUCGCCCCUGAAGCGUAACGCCAGCCAAACCUUUGAGACCAACCAUGAUGAGCAGGUUGACAGGCACGUGGCAUUCAACCUUGGCCGCAACCCAACCGGCCCGGCUCGCUUUAUCAAGAAGCCCCAGCCCAAACUCUUCUAUUCUGAGACAAUGGUACGAGAUGCUAUGCGAGGCGAGCUUGUCUACACUCCCGACCUCAAACCCAUGAUGGACUCCAUUGCUCGCGAUAUGCGAUCGACCAAUCAAACCGUCGGUCGUCACCUGGGUUCCAACAUUCACUACUCUAAAAUGAAGAGCAUCUUGAAACAGGGCCAGAGAGCCAUGAUCACCCUGGACCGAUACCUCUUAUCUGAGGCCUUCAUCCGAACCGACAUCUGGAAGACCAACCGCCUGCAAGAGUUCUUUAAGCUGGUCCACUUGUACGGUCUGGAGAGGGAGUUCCGCGAUGAGUACUGGGAGAAAAACCAGCUUUCUCACCCAUGCAAGAUUCAGAAGCUCUACGAUUCCAUCAACCGGCCUCGCACCCAUCCCGCCUUGGACGAAGCUCUUGCUGACCAGAUUGCAAACUGGGCAAAGGAUAUCAUGAGUCGUUCCGUUUACGUCCCUCGAGCCGACCACCCCAUCAUCCGCAGCGCCGUCGCCAUCAUGAACAUGGCGGAGCAACAGCCAGACAUGCUCCAAGAGACUCCCAAGCGUGUCGCCCAGAUCUGGGCUGCCUGGUGUCUCGCACGCGACAAAUACUGGGCUGAGACCACCUACCUCGCUGUCAUCAUCCUGGAGCGCGGAGCCAAGAACCAGAUGGUGGCCAAGUGCUUCCGCCGCGAGAACAUCGCCUUGCUGAACCUGGUUGAUAAAGGCUACGACGAGGAGGCUUGCCGCCGUUGGCAAAACAUGCAUGGCAAAUGCCACGUCAUCCCCUUGCCCGAGUUGCUCUCACGCCCCGUUGUUGCGAGCCUCCUCCAUGCGUCUUCCUCAUCCCUGAGCCUACAAAGGACCUUUUCUUCUGCCUCGCAGCUUCAGAAGACUGCCCGCAUGGCCAAGAAGACAGGCACAAACCUCACAAAAGUAGUUCCUCCCAAGGUCAGGGAGCUUAACUUGUCAUCCAAGCGCCAACUCUCUCCUAUCCCGCUGUCAUCUGGACAGCAUAGCCCUCCCAUUCGCAGAUUGAGCGAUGCCGACUUCACCUCACGACACCGCACCCAGGUAGACAUGGUUCGGCAUCUUCAAAUCCAUAGCGAUUCCCGUCCCAAAAAAGGCCACAACGACGAGGUGGAGCGGCGUCCAUCCGAGUACAGCAAGAAGCCUGGCCACCCCGAGGCGGAUCAGCCUCGGACCAAAAAGCGCAAGACCACCACCACCUCUUUGAACCCGGUCAGCCCCCUUCGACUACAACGUGAGAUUCGACAUGACGCAAGUCCCGCUCCGUCGACCCCGAUCGCUCCUGCCACGCCUGUCGGUUCCACCACUCCCAUUGCAGCUGCCGUGCCCAGUCCAGCUCUUAUUCCUUCCAUGGCCCCUUUAGACACGAAUCCCAUCCCUAUGGCUAAGAUGUCGGCACCCAUCCCCGUGGAUACAAUGUCAGCGCCCCCUCCGAUGCAUAUCGAUCCAAUCAGUCAAUGGAGUAACCAGCCGGUCAGCGCCGAUGAUUUCGCCACCUUAGUCGCCAUGAAGCUCCGCAGUGGUCCCUAUGGCCUCCCUUUGACCGGUCAGCCCGUCGCCACCAAGGCGGAGUACGAAUCCCUUGAGGAGACCUGGGCAAAAAUCGAGGCCCGUCUUGACAAGAAGCUUUCCCCCUUAAUUCGACAACUUGAUAGCCUGUCUAGCGAAGUCAAGGCUCUCAGCGACAAGCAAACGGCAAUUGAGCAGACCAUCGCAAAGCAUGCCGAUGACCAGCACAAGUCUCAGGACAAGCAGGCCGCUCAUAACGAGACCCUAACGAAGAAGGUGGAAACCCUUACCCAGCUCGUCGACAACCAGCAGACUGCUUUGAAGCAGGCUGUUAUCAAGAUGGAUGAUCAGUACGUUGCCGUCAACAAACGGCAGACCACCUUUGAGCGGACCAUUACCGACAAGGUGGACAGCCUGUCUCAACUAGUUCGGACAUUCCAGAAGGACCAAGAGGAACUCAAGGCCAGGGUCGAGCGAGGGCAGAAGAAGCGCCGCAGAUUCUCGGCCAAUGACAAGACAGCAGACUCCAUUACUUGCGCCCCCUUAGGGGAGGUGGCGUCCGCUGCCAGAGGCAAGUGCGACUAA